GCUACUGAAUAUUGGUACCAGACCGAAUUCGGCAGAGGGGAAGAAGGAGUGCGCAUCCGUUUUAGUGUAACAAGUAGUGGCACGGGCUGUGACUGACAACUCAAGCGACAAAAUAGUGUAACUAAGCAGCAAACAUUAUCUUGACAAAAGGAGCUUCCUGAAGAGAAAGCCACGCCACGACCUUUUCUAGAAUGACAAAAAUCAAAUCAAAGUGAAAGAAGUAGAACGUGGAACGGGCAUGGUGUUCACAUGUCCUAUUGCGGAAUAUCCACUAACAUCCAACUUGCAUCGCAAUUGUUUUUCUUUACGUAUCGGACUAGAUAAAGUGUUGAAACCUGUAAAGCAAGGCCUCAAGACGAGGAGAGAUUGAUACAGAGAUUGCAUACAUUGACACAAAUAAGGAAUAGCGACUAUAAGGCUCUGUCUAACCGAUCAAUCAAAGAAAAAAAUAUUGGGAAUAAUGUGUACGUGUUGAUUUGAUCUUCUAAAAUAACGCGUUUUCCCGACGCUGGAGCCAUAGCGUACUAUAAAACGCUUACUUUCCGACCGCAUCUUUAUUUGAUGUUUAUUAUAAAGCACCAUGGGUAUCAAAUCAAAGGCAAAAGCAAGAGUGAAGGAGCUCAAAAAAGUAAAAUCCAAGUUGAAAGAGGGCGCAGCAGCAAUUGCUGGGAUUGAAACAAAAGACGACGAAGAAUCAAUAGCAGAAAGAAAAGAAGAUAAGGCAGAAGGCGAACUAGGGAAGUUGGUGAAAAAGGGAAACGGCGUUCCUAAGCUGAUGAUGAGCGAGCCAGGCCGUCAGGCGUUCUGGUUCCUGAUCAUGCUGAUCUCGCUGGUGUCGUGCCAGGCCGGCCUGGCCUUCAGCUUCCUGGGUGCCACACUGCGUCCGGCGCUGGACAACCACCACGUCCUGCUCGACCACUUCGGACAGAACCAGGCCAUCCUCAAUGUCGGCAAAGCCGGCAGCCUGAUCGUGGUCGUGGGUCUGAUGAUGGUGAAGGGAUCAGCGUUCCAACUGGUCGCCGCGCUCCUGGCUCGACAGAAGCGCAAAUCACGCCGCCGGUGCGCCGUCAAAUUUGCUUUUGGAUGUGUCCUCUUUGAGCUGUUGGUAAUCGUUUUUGUCUGCAUAGUCGCCGCUCUGUUUUUCUUCUGGCUGCGUCAAUUUCACGAGACGUACCGUGACACGCUGCCGCGGGCCCUCGUCAAGGGAUACCUACAGAACACCACCAUCACCGCCUAUGUCAACUGGCUGCAGUACCGCUUCCAGUGCUGCGGAGUCACCGACUUCAAGGACUGGUUUAUCGCCGACUGGCAACCCCGGAAGUGGCUGGCCAACCGCUAUCCCACCGUGCUCUACUAUCGUGACACUUACUACGCCACCGGCAAAAAGGUCGAGCGGUAUCCGGAUUGGAGGGACAUGUCGCUUAUGUCCAACUACGAGAAGUCGUGGGAAACCAGACUGACUUACCUUCAGGACCGUGUCAAGAAACUGGUCGGUGACGGCCUCAUCGACGAGUACGUGGCGACGACGUCGUUCGCGGAGGUACCGUUCAGUUGCUGUCGCCCGGACGCCGCGUCCACCUGGUGUGUGCGGCAGUAUCUCGUCUUCAAGCUGUACGCCUACGACUUCAAGACCAACUCCACAAUAUUCAAACGGGGCUGUCCCAAACAGGUGGAGGCGUUCCUGAACGGCCGCCUCUCUGGCGUGGGUGUGGCGCUGCUGGUGCUGAUGGGGGUGCGCGUGCUGAACCUGCUGAUGCUCCGGCUGGUGCAGACGUCCACCUCUAAUGCGCUGCUGGCCCGCCGCCACCUCUCCGAGGCGCACGGAUGGCUCUUCACCACGCGACGCGCUAGGGCCACCGGCUCUUCGGACGAGGAGCGUCACCUUCUGGCGGACGAAAUCAUCUCCGACCUGACCCCGUCUGACGAGGACUCACAGGAGGACGAGGACGGGGUCACGUCGGAGACCAGCGACGGAGACGGGGAGAGCGGGUCCGCCGCCUCCGGCACCACUGAGCCCUCAGACGGAGACGGGACGACCGAGACGACUGGAGAGGGGACCAGCGAGACGACCGCAGACGGCCCGACGGAGACGACCGGAGACGGCCAGACGGAGACGACAGCAGAUGGAGAGACGACAGACGAUCUCACAGAGAUCACCACACUGCUGGCGCCGUCUGAUGUGUCGUAAUGAAGUAGUGAUGAUCUUAUGUGUCGUAAUGAUCUAAUGAGAUCUAUAUGAAAAAUCCAAAGCUUAUGAGUGUCAGCGCUAGCGGUUACUGUCGUAGACACUAUAUUUAGUAGAAAUCGUGGCGCUCAUGGUCCCGAGCUUGCCCUUCGUCCUGACACAUGGAAGUGCCUACGCACGCCGUCCUGUAAAAUGCAUUUACUCGGGUGUUGGCACCGCUGUGCGGGUCGAUUCUGGGACGGCGUGUGGCGAUCGAUACCAGCUCGCCGUACAGUGUUAUACUUUUAUAACAUGUCUUUCAUUGUUGUCAUUGCCGUUUUAUUGUUGUUCUUUUGUCUUGUUUAUUGUUGCCGUUAUUAUUGCCGUUGUGACUGUUGUCACUGUUGAAUAUCUUAGGUGGUUUGUAGCAGUGCUUAUUAAAAUAUAUUUAUUAUAAAUUCAUAUAUUGGCUAUUGCAU